UUUCGAGUACCUCCCACAGUGAGUAAGUGCGUAAUUGGAGGAGUACGAAGUAAAUUUACUGGGAGAAGAACGGGCCACAGACGCAUCAUCAUCGCCUGCACCUGCAAGACGCUUCUCCCCAAGCUCAAGCACCACUUGUGCUCGAGACCAACCCGCCAACCACCACCAGCUCAGCAUUUCCAGGGGUUCGCGCUUGUGCUGUGCUGUACCGUCUCGUACCUAGGUAGCUUCACUGCUUCACUGCAUAUGAAAAUUUCGAUGCUCCAACAAAUUGUGCUCACUGCAGUGUGCGCAGUAGUCGAAGAAGCAGUCAUCAGUCAGUGGGUCACGGCAUUCCGAAAGGACAGAGAGACAUUAUUGUUGAUUCAUUUUUCUUCCGACGACGGGCGGUCCUCCACUACCCGCAAAAGACGUUGGAACUUGGCUUGGAAGCAAUCAAAGCUCCACGCAUUCAGCCUCUAUCAAACACUAUCGAUAUCACUUUUCUCCAACCCAACCAACACUCACUUCACUCACCUCACCUCACCUCGCGGGACCAUGCCUACGCCGGCGGGCUCAACAUCUUCAAGGGCUGCUCCCGGCCGCCUUGCACGGGCUGCUGGCCUUAUCACAAAAUCUCAUCGCCAUCGACGGUAGAUGCGUCAAGCCUCCACCGGAAUGCUCCUCGCCCACCCAGCGCCAUCUGCAUGGUUUUUGGAGCGCAGCGAGGAGACAUGGAAGGUGAUGGAUGGCUUCAACGCUGGAGACUUGGCUGGCCCAUGG